AUGACGAUUCAGUAUCAAGCUUGCCAUCCCCUUCCACUCUUUUCUGUUCCUCAAAUUUCAUCAAGCAAAAUCUAUGCAACUUCUUCAUCUGUUACAAGAAGGAAAGCUUUAUCAAUCUUUACGUUCACCACGGUUUUCUCUGGACUGGCAUUCUCCGAUAGUUGCUCUACAAAUUACAGUUGGUCCAAAACUGCGAUUUCAGAUUUUGUAGAGCUCCCAAAUUCAGGUGGAGUCAAGGCUCUGGACCUUCGCGUUGGAGACGGUGAGACGCCAGCUAAUGGCGAUAAGGUUGCAAUUCAUUACUAUGGAAGAUUGGCUGCAAAGCAAGGGUGGCGCUUUGAUUCGACGUAUGACCAUAAAGAUGGAACCGGAGAGCCAAUUCCAUUUGAGUUCAUCCUUGGUUCCGGCAAAGUCAUAUCGGGAAUUGACACGGCACUAAGAUCAAUGAAAGUAGGUGGUAUCCGUCGAGUCAUUAUCCCACCAUCUGAAGGGUACCAAAACACAUUUCAAGAGCCCAUUCCACCUAAUUUUUUCGAUAGACAGAGGCUCUUUACUACCAUUUUCAAUCCAACGCGUCUAGCCAAUGGAGAAGGCUCAACACUAGGGACACUCAUAUUCGAUAUUGAGCUGGUUAGCCUGAGGCAUCAAUGAACUUCCCAAAUUUUGCAUUGUAAGCAAUAUUUUGUGUAUAGUAUUACUACACUUGAUCAGUGAUGACUGUAUGUAUAGUUCACUCUUGUGAUUUGAGAUCUCAAAAAUUGUCACAUCCAGUGUACGUAAUGAUAGCAGGUGCUAAUUUCACGACCCCUACU